GAUCGAAACAUUCGCAGCUGGGACGCAAGGUACUCAUGGUGGUCUCUCUGAUGAUGAUGUGCGUCUGCUUAGCGGCCUUGGCGGGUUUCUUCGUCCUGAAGAGCUAUCAGGCAGAGCUGGUAGAUCAUAUGCACUGGCUGCCACUUACGUCGGUGUGCAUCUAUAUACUCUUCUUCUGCUUCGGAGCUGGUCCAAUUCCGUGGGCCUACAUGGGCGAGAUUUUCCCUACGCGCUUGAAGGGUGCAGCGUCGUCUAGCGCGGCUUUCUUCAAUUGGCUACUGGCAUUUACGGUUACGAUAUCCUUUCCAAGCGCCGUUGAAGUGCUAAAUAAUGCCGUGGUGUUUUCCUUCUUUGCCCUUAUGUGUGGCCUGAACACCUUAUUCGUGAUUUUCUGCAUGGUGGAGACUAAAGGCAAGACAUUUACGGAAAUUGAGCAGGCAUAUGGGACCCACGUGCCCGUGCAGAACGAAGAGCCUCUUGGCACGGAGUGAAGCGAAGAAUUUCUCACGAUAAAGCCACCAGUCAAACAGGCAGAAAAGCUUCACAUGGAAAACGAACAGCGAUGAGAAAGGCGGGAUUUUUUCGUCACAUCUUUAUUUGAUUAUACGGUUUAUUCAAUACAUCGACAUUGAUCAGUUUUUUGAUCGUCGAUAAUACACAAUAUUAUACUUAAUAUUACAAAGAUGAAAAAUCCCGAAAGCCGAUUUGUAAAAGUGAGCUAUUAAAAUAAGCGGCGUUUUUUAAUUUUAUGAUACUAUUUGUACUAGAGUGAUAUAAAUUCAAAUGUUGAUGCUUGAAAAGUAAUUACAAAAAAUGCUUACGUUAUUUAAUUUGUUUAAGAAAUGUGACAGAGAAUUCUCAAGAAUUUUAAGAAUUACAUGGAGAAAAUUUUAUACUAAAAAUGAUGAUAAAGUGAGUGCAGACAAAGAAAAGAAUUAUGAAAGUCUUAUUAUAUUUUUUACCAAAGUACGAUCAUAUUUACAGUACACUAAUGAUGUAAUUCUCUGAAACUUCUUCUCAUGGUACGUGGCUAUCGUAUGUAGAAAUUUUUUAUAUAAAAUUUUCUCCGUAUGCACGUAGUCGCAUAUAAUCAACACUCCCUGGACGUUUUAUCAUACAAUGAUUUAACCAGUCGUUUUGCUGCUUGGAGUUUAAAUAAUUUCGCCGUGGGCGUAAUGCCGACUAAAAUAAUUUCUAGAUAAAUGAAUUCCUGACGGGAAGUGGAACGCGCGAUAAGCGGCGGCGAGUGAGAUCGCGAAUGUACGCGCGGAGAGGAUGCGGAUAGCUAAACUUGAACCGCGAUAUUAUAUGCAGUGCUACGUGCAUGAUACGUAUCGUGCGCAGUCAUUGCACGCGUAUGGCCUUGGCCGAACUGUUGGGAAUUAAUGACAAUGCUUCCUGCUGCCGUUCUAUACUGCUAUUUUUUAUUUAAUCGAAAUGGAAAAUCCAAUUUGACAUUUUAUCUCGCAAUUCGCGAAUUAUCAUUGUUUCCGCCGGGGAGAAAUAAACGCGAUGACGAAUAUUGUCCGCGAAUUGAAAGAAAAUAGUUAUUUUAGCGGAAUUAUUGUCGAUUUUACGAGACCACCAUUUUCCGUUAACAAAUACAAAAUUUAUCCAAAAUGGUCCAUCAAUUUUUCGACGCGGUUAAAAGUAAAAAAAA